AGCAGCUCGUUCUGACUUGACCACACUCGUUUGACUUUGAUUUUCGGUCUCCGAAAUGCACGGAGACACUCAGAGACCUCAGGUGAUUACACAACAAAUGAGUCAGGGUAAAAGAGAAGUAGACGCCGGUGACAGACCAAUGAAAAGAAGAGCAGUUAGGGGUUUGGUCAAAGGCCGGAGAGAAAACGAUCUUGCGUUUUGGGUUUGAUAUUUUAUUCCACCUGAUGAAUCAGUAUCUUUCUCCAGGAUGCUUCCAUGAAGCAGGAUUAUGAAAGAAGAUAAAGGCUGUCCGAUUCUUUAGCAUUGUUUAAAAAGACAAAGAACGAGGUUUGGCGUCCUCUAACUUACCCACUUCUUUGCCUUUCUCCAAGGUUCAAAAAGUACCACAGAAUCCGUAUCUAUUCUCCUGUAUAUGUAGCUUUUCGUUUUCCUGAAUCAAAGAUUCCUUGUAUUAAUCUUGUUUUAGUGGAGGUGAUCGAGUUUUGAGGUUUUCUUUACGUUUAUUUCUCUGGGUUGUCUACUUUCAGUGUGUUAUCAGUUCCUGUAUUGGGUUUAGUUUCUGGUUGUGGAUGAUGGAGUGUUGUUGAGGAUGGAGAAGUAGUUGAUUUUUGAUAUCAGGUCUUCUUUAAUUUAUAGGGAGGAUGACUUUGGAAAUGUCAUAAAUAUUAUUACUUCUUUGUAAAUUUUUUGUACAGGGUUGGCACCCCCUUUGUGCCGCAUAAUAUACUUCACACUCUUUAUUUCCAAAAAGAAAAAAGAUAUCGGCUCUUCUUUAAAUUUGAUUUCGUUUAUGUGUUUGUUUUUUAAUCUGUGAAUUGGAUUUUGGGGUUUAGGAAAAUCUUUUGUUUCUCUUUUCUUUUCUUUCUUUUCUUUUUGUGGCUGGUUUUUGAUUGACGCCGAUAGAGGUCCAGGGUUCCUGUGAAAUUCUUUUUAAUAGGAUUAGGAGUCUAGGGAGGUUGAUUAGAAAAGUAGAAAUUCAAUAUGGAUCACCAGUUUAAUGAAUACUUAAAUUCCAUAGAAGGUUUCAAAUUUGAGAAUGAAUCUAUUUUCCCCAAUUCAGACCAGAGCCAAAAUUUAGGAGAUGGAUUCAAACAGAACAACCCUACCUUAGAUUUACAGUUUAUAGGUGUUCCAUCUGAUCCAAGGCUUCCAAAUUCUGAUCCGUCCAGGAGCAGGAUUAUAGAGGGUGAUUCUUCUUGCCACUCUGAUGAUAAUGACUUCUCGGAAACUGUUCUUAAGUACAUAAGCCAGGUGCUUAUGGAGGAGGACAUGGAAGAGAAGCCUUGUAUGUUUCAUGAUGCUUUGGCCCUUCAAGCAGCUGAGAAAUCAUUAUAUGAAGUUAUCGGUGAGAAGUAUCCACCUUCCCCCUAUCAACCCCCUAUUUACAGCAAUCAAACUGUUGACCCAGAUGACUGUUAUUCCAGUGGUUUCAGUGAUUCUAGUACCAAUAGUCAUUCUAGUCCUAGUACUAGCACUUCAUUUGAUUCGAGAUCAACUCGUAAUCUUGUUGAGCAUCAGCUAUCAUGGUUACAAACACCAUUUCCUACUAACUUUGUAUUUCAGUCCACUGCAAACUCUGGUAAAAAAUCAUCAUUCAACUCUGCUGAUAAUGUUUCUUAUCAUGGUAAUGGAUUGGUGAGGUCAUCGGUGAGUAAGCUUUUGGCUAACAAUUUGUUUAAUCAGAGUCACUCAGUGUUGCAGUUCCAAAGGGGAGUAGAGGAAGCCAGUAAGUUCCUUCCUAAAGGUAAUCAGCUGAUUUUUGACUUGGAGAGCUACAAACAGGCAGCAGAGUUAAAGGACAAGGCUCCAAAUGUGGUAGUCAAGACAGAGAAGGAUGACAGGAAGCUGUCACCUAAUCAGUUGAUAGGAAAGAAGAGUCAUAAGCGAGAAGAUGAAGAUCUUGAAGAUGGGCGGGGUGAGAAGCAGUCAGCUGUUUAUGUAGAUGAGAGUGAUCUAUCGGAGAUGUUUGAUAAGGUGUUGCUUUUUAGUGGUAGGAAUGAGCAGCCUGGAGUGUGCAUUCUUGAUUACUCCUCAGAGCAAGGAGCUCUGAAGGCUCUGGUGCAGAAUGAAUCAAGCAAGACAUUGAAGAAGAAUGGACUGAGAAAUGGAUCUGAUGGUGGAAAAUCUCAAGUUAAGAAAUCAGGAAGGAAUGAGGAGGUUGUGGAUUUGAGGACUCUGCUGAUUUCGUGUGCCCAAGCUGUCGCUGCUAAUGACAGCAGAACUGCAAAUGAACUACUAAAACAGAUUAGGCAGCACUCUUCAUUUUUUGGUGAUGGAUCCCAGAGGCUAGCUCACUAUUUCGCUAAUAGUCUUGAGGCGCGGUUGGCCGGCACUGGAGCUCAGAUUUACUCUGCUCUUUCUUCCAAAAGAAAUUUGGCUGUUGUUAUGUUGAAAGCUUACCAGACAUAUAUAUCAAGCUGUCCAUUCAUGAAGAUUGCAAUUAUAUUUGCAAACCAUAUUACUUUGUCUGCAGCUGAGAAGGCAACAGCUCUUCAUAUCAUUGACUUUGGAAUCUCGUAUGGUUUUCAGUGGCCUGCCCUCAUCCAUCGCCUCUCAAUAAGACCCGGGGGACCUGCCAAACUACGAAUUACAGGUAUAGAGCUUCCACAAAGUGGUUUCCGGCCAGCAGAAGGAGUACAGGAGACAGGGCGUCGCUUAGAAAAAUAUUGUGAGCGUUUUAAUGUUCCAUUCCAAUACACUGCCAUCGGACAAAAAUGGGAAACCAUCAAAAUUGAUGACCUGAAGCUUGAUCCUGAUGAGUUUGUUGCUGUAAAUUGUCUGUUCCGGUUCAGGAACUUACUUGAUGAAACAGUGGUGUCGAAUAGUCCGAGGAAUGCUGUUUUAAACUUAAUUAGGAAGAUAAGUCCAAACAUUUUUAUCCAUGGCAUUGUUAAUGGAUCCUAUAAUACUCCCUUCUUUGUCACACGUUUCAAGGAAGCACUCUUUCACUACUCUGCAUUGUUUGAUAUGUGUGAUAUUAAUAUGCCUCGUGCAGAUCAGAUGAGGUUGAUGUUUGAGAAAGAGUUCUACGGGCGGGAGAUUAUGAAUGUAAUAGCAUGCGAAGGAAAUGGGAGAGUUGAGAGACCUGAGACAUACAGGCAGUGGCAGGUUCGGAACUUAAGGGCUGGAUUUACAAAGCUGCCUUUGGACCCUGAACUGAUAAGGAAAUUUAAAUGCAUGGUGAAAGACGGUUACCACAAUGACUUUUUGGUGGAUGAAGAUAGUGGAUGGAUGCUGCAGGGUUGGAAGGGACGGAUUGUCUAUGCUUCCUCUGCUUGGGUGCCUGCAUAACAGCAGAACUUUAAGAAUCAACAACGGUACCUGCAUAACAUCAGAACUUUAAGAAUCAACAAUGAUAGCAUUGAUUUAGAUGGAAAGGAGGUGAAAAAAAAGAGACCUUGUUUCUUGAAAGACAUCUUGAGUUGACACAGUAGGACUGGUGAAGCUUCAAUGAUGCAGAUGUAGAAACAUUUAGCCAAACACACCCUUAGCCACAUACGAACAACUCGGGUGGGGGGAUAUUUGUUUUUCGCAAUCAAAACAAGAGAGCCAGCAAGAACUUGAAAGCUGUUCGGAUCUGCAAAUUCUCCGGAGACUUUUUAAUCGCUGCAACCCAACUCGAUUUCAAUAGGCAUAUCCUCCAUAUACUUUCAUUGCCUGAUUACGACACUAUUAUCUGAUGUAACUUUAUGAUCAAAGAAAAUUACUUCUUCAUUUGUAUACGAUGGGAUAUUACAUUUGUCUCCACCACCACCACUUCUUGUUGAUCCGUGACACCUUAAUGUAGCUAGAUUUUGUUAUUUCAGAAGUUGAUUUCAACAGAAGAACAGCAGAAAAGCAUUUGGCAAUCUCAUUACCAGUUUACAUCAUUAUGACUGUAUUCUUUUUCCUGAUGCAUUCAAUAAACAUACGAAUUGAAAAUU